GGCCGAACCCCAGCCGCGUUCCCUGCAUCGCCUCGCUGCCAAUCCCGCGUCCAGCGUGGACCGCAGAUACGCGAGGCCGGGACUUCUACCUCGGGGGGAUCCCGCCGGCUCCGGGGCUGCGACAGGAGUGUAAAAGGAAACGCACUUGGCUGCUUAAACAACCCACCUGGUACCAGUCCGUUAUUUACUGGUCUGAAUGGGAAAGGUGAGAGGGUUUCCCCAGUUGGAUGGUAGAAAAGAUGUUUGAUAUCAAAGCGUGGGCUGAAUAUGUUGUGGAAUGGGCUGCAAAGGACCCAUAUGGCUUUCUUACCACUGUGAUCUUGGCCCUUACACCAUUGUUCCUAGCAAGUGCAGUGCUAUCAUGGAAACUGGCAAAAAUGAUUGAGGCCAGGGAGCGAGAGCAAAAGAAGAAACAGAAACGCCAGGAAAAUAUCGCAAAAGCCAAACGAACAAAGAGGGAUUAAGUGAGGCAAAAUGCCUUCCUUGUGCAAAAAAGUGCUUUUGUUGAAGCAUUCUUGUACACUUGUAUCUUUGUGUGGUGGUGUCUUCCUCCAGCAAUCUUCUUGAACUGUCAUUUCAACCCCUGAAAUUAUUCAUGUUCUGCUUAAACAAUUUGUGUUGAUAUCUCUGUCUAAUCUGCAAUAGCAUUUGAUGUGUAUAUUUCAACCAGAUAUCACUUUCCAGUGAGUUUACUUUUGUAUGUUUACAUGCCAUACACUAAAAUGAAUGCAGUGGCGGGGGCUUGGUUUUUUAAAUUGGAACUGCUUUAGGAAUUGUUCAAACAUGUCAAUAUUAAAUUAGGAAGAAAAAAUUAAAUAUCUGACUUUCUAAAAAUACUGCAGUCAUUGGUUUUCUAGAAGCUUAGGCACUUUGUUUUUAUACAGUCUUUUUUCUACUGUUGAUUUGUCUUCAUUAUAGUACUUUUUUUUUUUUCUGGUUUCAACUUGGCCCUGGAAUAGCAGUCCUUGUUUCUGCAGCAGUUGUCAGCUUUGUAUUCUCAGGAGUUUGUCUUAUUAUAUGAACAGUGUUAGCAUUUCACAUUAACUCAACUAAAUUCUUCAUGAGUGCCUCUCAAAAUCAGCUUCCUGGACUAUCAGUAGUCCACUGAGCCUUUUUUGGAUAGUUCACAGAAGGAAACUUUUUACAACCAAGCAGUAGGCAAAUUACUUCAUUUUCACAAUAUCUCAAUGUGAACAACUCUUGCCUACAAUAUGCUUCACAAAAUGAAUGUAGAGAUCCAUUUUGCAAAUAACUAAAUUUCAUUCUAGGUUUAGGUGAUGACAACAGUAACUCUGGAGCAGCAGAGGAACUGCUUUGGAUAUUACCAGCUUUGAAAGGAUGGCUUAAUGAAAAGAAACAAAAGCCUCAUAUGGUUCUAAUGCUGUAAACAUUGCAAAGUAAGUUGGAGCUAAGGCUAACAGAUUUAAUUGAUUUUUCUGUCCAAAGAAUAAUAGUAAAAAUGAAAAAUGUGUAGUUUAAUAUGCUUUAGCAAAUCUUAAUUUUUAUUACUACUUUAGUUCCAGUGGGUCUGAUCCUGGAGUAGCAAUCAAGUUUUAGGCCCUGUUCCAAUAACAUGACUCUUAAUCAGAGCAAAUAGAGUUGUGGUUUGUCAUA